CACUGGGCUGAGGAAGAGAAGAGCAGCAUCCUAACGGGUUUGAAAAAGGUUUACUCUCUGCCUUUAUUUCCAACACCACUUGGGUCUUGGUGAAGACCGCCCUCUAGUGUAUGAACAGCAACUGAACAUUUCAUUACUGGUUUCCUUUGAUCAUCAGGGGCAUCUCAGUAUCCAACAGGACCUUGUCUCUCUCUCUUUUCUCAAGGACGUCUUUAAGCUUCAGAGGUGUUACGGAUUCCAAGGUGCUCACAUGAAGAUAGAGGCAGUCCCUGGAGCCCCACAAGAUGGGGAAUUUGAAUUUGUGCUAGCCACAGAAAAAGAAUUUGAAGAGAUUAUCUCCAUCUCUCAUGGAAUCUAUGGGGGUCUAGAUUAUCUGCCAAGUCGUUAUCACAGCUGGAUCAAUGAGAAGGACCGGAUGGUGGUUUUGGCCAAGAAAAGUGGCACUGUGAUUGGCCUGCUCUCUGUGUUUGUGGUGGAUGGUGGUGAGACGGCUCUUCUGGAAGGACUUCGUGUGGCACCUUGGGAGCGUGGAAGAGGCGUGGCUGGGGUGCUCCAGAGAUUCUGCUGCAAGUUGGUGAAGCAUCGAUACCCAAGUGUGAAAGUGAUGAGGCUCACGAGGGAUGACAAGCUGAGUGCAAAGGAACUAACCAAAUACCGGGUCAUUGCCAAGCAGGGCAUCCUGCUGGUCAGUUUCAAUGCACCAGACCUUGCUUCACGUCUUUCCUCCAUCCCUUUACCUCCUCUGGCUACUCGUCCACCUCCACCCAUUCUGCUGACCCCCGAAGAUGUCUGUGAUGUCUUCCUGGAACAAGGGGGACUUCUGAAGGAUCUCCUGCCAAAUCAAACCAUCAUUCAGGACUGGCAACCAUUUCAGGCCGUGCCUGACAACCAAGACCUGCUUCGACGCAAAUCGCUGCGUUGGAUGUCAGAUGACCUGAUUCAGCCGCAGGUGGCGACCCUCUGCACAGCUCCAUUCCCUGUACCUGCUGGUCCGCUCUGCUUCUACCUCAACAUUGAUGUCUUCGGGUCUGAGCUGCAGAGCGUUCAGGAGCAACUGCUGUCUCAUCUUCAUGCCCAUGUUCCCAAACUUCCAGCGGAUGUGAGAUGCCAGCUCUUCUUGCCUCCUAACCUGUGGAGGCCCAUGGCUGAUUUUUGCACCAUGGUGUUGGGCUUGCACCUUGAGAAAGGAUACACUGAGCAGUAUCUCCUGGAGGCUGAUAUCUAACAAGUAUUAGGGGCACCUCAAGUGGCAAGUUAGCCUUCAUCCUCUUAAUAACCUUUUCCUGAUAGCUGAGACCUCCCUUUAGAAACCACAUCUUAAUCUACAGAUCUGAGCCUCCAGACCAAGCAUAAUCAUCAGCAUACAAUUUUCUCUCUUCCUUUCUCUUCUGGACUUACCGCACUCACCACUUACACUUACAUCUAUGCUGUAGAGUAGGGGCAGACAACCUGAGUCUCUCCCGCUGAAGCUGAACUAUCUGUUCCUGGCUCAGCAGCUCAGUGGAGGGAGAGAGUUGUAGUUAAGUAGCAGCAGGAGAGAGGCAGGCUGGUAAUCUCUGCUACAGAGAAUGCUGCGUUGUACAUAGGGUGUAUGUGUGCACACAGUACACUUAUAGGAGAAAGAGUUCCCUUCUUCUAACGUCGCUUACAUUGCACUACAGUGUAUGUGUGUGCGUGUCUAUGUUUUUAAAACACACACAAGAUUGUGUGUGUGUGUAAGAGAGAGUGUGUGUGUGUAUAUAUAUAUAUUUAUAUAAGAGAGAGGGGGGCCGACAAGGAGAAUAAUAUGGGGGGCUGGGGGUUUUAUACUCUGCACUGAGAUAACCGAGUGUGUGAUAAUAUAUUUAUAUAUUUAUUGCACUUUUUAUGGAGGGCGGGUGAUAGUAAAGUAUUGCACUGUGUAUAUAUACAUACACACAUAUUUUCCAGUAUAUAUAUUCAGUAGAUAUCGAUAUAUAUGUAUCUAUAUAUAUAUAUAUGUGAUACGUAUUAAUAUGCAAUAAUUUGCACUUCUCAUGUCAACAUGAAAACUUUGAGUAUAGAUUAACUGUUUUAUAUACUGUGAAUUCAGGGCGUCACCGAGACCCAUAUGGAAUAUACCCUACUUUAUACACAGUGAACGGCGGGCAUUACCUGCACCUAAAAGUCCCCCACAGCAACUCUUUCAUGGUAAAAGUCUGGGCCUAAUUAAAGGGACACUGAAUUCAUGUACAAAAUACAUCCACUGGAAACAAAAAAGUGGCAUUUCCAGGAAAUUGGGUUCUGAGUUGUUUUUUGCAUAAGAUUUCGGUAUCCCUUUAAAUGUCCAUAGAGAAUUCACAUCCAAACCACUAGGGUAGAUAACCCUUUCCACAGGGCUUCUAAUGUUAUACCUGACAAGGCCCAUGGGACCUGGAAUUUAAUUUUUCUGGCAAAAGAAAUUCAUGAAAUUCUCGGAAAAAAAUUCCCUGGAAAAGAUCUGCCUCAUCUGCUUAUACAUCAUUGGGGCUAAUUUUCAGCCAUUGAAUGUGUUAUUGCUUCCCCAAAGGAGGACCUGGUUAGUAGCCAGGAAAUUCUUACAAACAAUAUACACACCUUGAAUCUUUCAACCCCCUCCCCCCUUGAAAUAUGCAUUUGCCAUAAAAGAACCCAAACUCACUCUUGUGCAUCGUUACCAUAAAGCAGUCUUAUGAGUUUGUAAUAUUUUUAGGCACUUAACAGAGGCAUGCAACACAUACUUCUCUUAACCUUCUCAAGAUCUAUCAUGAAUGUGGUCCCAAAGACUGAAAUUCUUGCCCACCUCCCUUUUUUAAUUACCUAUGUUGGCGCCUUGUGGCCUUUUGAAGAUUUAGAAGUGAUGUCAGGAGCCCUCACUGAUUUGAGUUAAAAAAAACAACCCAACCAUAUUUCCAUUGGAUGGAAUUAACUAAGAGGGUUAUGAAGGCGUUCAAUCAAAAAAUUGCUGUAACAAAAAGCAUAGAUAUUGUUUUUUCACAUUUUUUUUUACCAUUAACCUGAAGAGGACACUAUUAUGGCAUACACAUAUGUUUCCACAUUGCAGAUGUAUCACGUGACCAUGCAAAGAGGAGAUGCCUAUGCAUGCCCCCAUCUGUCCCAAACCCACCCACUUUCCAGUAUGACUAAAGGUGGCCAUAGAUGCACCAAUAAAAUCGUAUGAAAAAAUUCUCGUACAAUAUUCGGUCCGUGUAUGGUGGAAGUCGAGUCACCCGAUAUCAGCAGAAAACUUUUGAUUGGGUACCUUUGAAGGCACCUGAACAUCGGCCAUUGUUAGUGCUGAAUCGUCAGAUAGAGGUAGAAUUCUAUUGUUUCUAUCUGUAUAUCUGAAGAUUCAGCUCUACACGUGUGUAUUGAAACAAACAAUCUUUCCUGAAAACAUCUUUUCCAGGAAAGAUUGUAAUAGUUAUGUCUAUGGCCACCGUAAGCACAUUUUAUGUCCCAGCUGAAGAUAGGAACAUUUGAGAUGUAUAAUUAACCUAUUGCCAUUCCUAUCGGCUGAUAGGUCCAAAAUCAUAAUAUAAAAAACUACAGAGUUACCAUUGUGGCACCAUAGAAGUAUUGUUUUUAUUCAGUGUUUCACUCAUCUUUUCAUGUGUCAAGGCCAUUGUCCAUUCCAAGACUUCUAAAAAUUAGGGACGGCAUUGGGACCAUCAUCAUGUUCAGACCAUUUAUGAAGACUGCAACAAUACUCAGUGUUUUAUAAUAUAUGCUAUUGUGUGACCAUUGUAGCACCAUAGAAGUAUUGUUUUUAUUCAGUGUUUCACUCAUCUUUUCAUGUGUCAAGGCCAUUGUCCACUCGGAUGCUUCUAAAAAUUAGGGACGUCAAUGGGCACUUAUUUUCCAACUUUCUGUGCUUAAGCACUCAUGUUCAGACCACAUAUUUAUGAAGACUGCAACAGUGUUACAUAUAUAGUAUAAGUUCCAUAACCUGAUAACUAUAUUUGCAUAUUUUGUGAUCGAUAUGGUGGCCUUUUUUGUAUUUUGCUCCAUGCUUUGCUGAUAUAUCCAUUCAAGGGCAACAGUGUUGCCUGAACAGAGGUAGGGUUCAUCAAGCUGAGCUUCCACAAGUUCCUUACCAUGCCCAGAGAGAGCUGUAUAUAUAUUUCAUCUCAUUCAGUUGCAAAAUGAGUUCCUGUCGAGCGACAACCGUAAUCCUAUAGUGUUCCAUGCAGCUUAGGUAAGACAAGAGAAACUCACUGCACUCUAAUGUAUGGAGCCUUGGCGAGACGGAGGCUGAGGAGAAUCAAGGAGAAUAUACAAAAGCACACUGGGUCUUACCUUCAUGUUCUUCUGCCCCAAAGAACACUAACAAUAAAAUCUAGGCUGAUUUUAUAUUAAAAUGCAUAUUGUAACACCCCCAAA